CCCUACUCGCCCAUUUCCCGACGCGCCCGAGUCACCCCGAGCGCAGCCGCAGCCGCAGCCUCGCGUCCGCCCCUUCCGCCACCCCGACGAGCUCCGUCGCCUCCUCUCCUCCUGGUCCAACCCCCCAGCGCCUUCAUCUCCAACGGGGCGAGCUCGACGACCAGAGCCACCCCCCCCGUCGCUUCCGUCUAGGAACGGGACGAGCCGGCGCCGCUCUGCUGCCUCCUCUCCUGCUCCAGAGCUGCAGCGACCGAGGCGAGCCGACUACAUCAGCUGCCUUCCGAUUUAAGGCGGCGGCGACGACGUGUACGACGGGGGCGACUGGAGCGUGCACCGCGACCUGCAGAUGUUAUGGAACUUAUUGAGAAGGAGGGGAAUGAUAUGGUCGCCAGCUUUCGGGACAGCAAGAGUCGAACGUUGCUUCACCUUGCAGCUCGCAAAGGCAAGGCGGAUAUCUGCUCAUAUCUAAUUAGUGAAGUUGGCAUCGAUGUGAAUGCUGCCUAUGGUAAAGGUCAAACAGCAUUGAAGAUAGCUACAGAUAAAAGUCAUAUGGAAACUGUUGAAUGCCUGCUCAACAACGGGGCCGAUCCAUCUGUCCUGAAUAUUGGGCCAACUAUACUGUGUAUGGCUGCAAAGUUUGGAAGAUUAGGAAUAAUGAAGCUUCUACUUGACAAGGGAGUUAAUGUUGAUGCCAAAGGCUUUGAGGGUACUGCACUUGCGUGUGCUGCUAGGUGCAGACAAAUAUGUGCAGUCAAGUUUCUCAUAGAACACGGUGCUAAGGUGCAGCCAGAACCAGAGUUCAAUUCCGUUCAUGAAGUCACACCUCUAUCUUGUGCUGUCUCCUUCGGUUCAUUCGAGUGUUUUGAUCUUUUAAUAGAGGCAGGCGCAGAUCCUAAAUUUAUCAAGAAUCCUCUACACGCUGCUGCUGCUAGUGGGAGCAUCAAGCUAGUCGAUUGGUUUCUAAAAUAUGGAGCUGACCCAGAUUAUUGUGAUCAUGUCGAUGGGUUGAAGCCAAUACAAGUUGCCGCACAACGUAAACAUGUUGAUAUUGUUGAGUUUCUUUUCCCAUGGACCACAGAAAUUUCAGAUAUUUUGAACUGGUCCGUGGCUGGUAUUAUUGAGACUUAUGCUGAGAACAAGCCGCUAGACGUUUCACAUAAGGAAACCACUUUGAGAAGAAUUUCAUCGACUAAGAUGAACGUGAGUAUUCUGUCGGACGAAGAAAUCAACCUUAAAAUCAAGGCAAUGGUACCAGAAACAGAGUAUCAGUUCUUUUCCAAAUGGUCAGCCGCAAAGAAGCGGCUGUUUUAUGAGUCUACAUUGUAUGGACUGCCAGAACCGAAUCGAAUUUUCAAUUAUGAUGUUGGAGAAAUAAAGAGCAGUGUCAUUUUUGACAUCACAAGUCCUAGUCCCACCAAGGUACAGGCGAGUUAUUUGAGGGCAAUAAGUGUUUAUCGUUUUUGGCACUUUGCGGGGUCUGAUACAGUUUAUGAGCUUGGACCUGGUGGCAAUAAAGUCACUGUUUCGAGAGCAGAUGGGACAUUUAUAUUUUGGUUCAGGAAUAAUAAUAAUGAUGUUGGUGUAGUGAUUGAUGGUCAAAGUAUUUGGAUUUCGGGUUUCGUCCGAAGGAGUCGUAAUGACGAUGGAAGCUUUUCUUAUAAUCUUCCUAUCCAUUUCUCUGUUGGCAUGAUGAAGCAACCUUCAAACAAUAUAUUGACAGCUGCUGGCAGAUCAAAGACAUUGACAGUCAUGAUGAAGCAAACUUUGAAAAAUAUAUUAUUGCCUCUGAUUUGAUGUUAUCAAAUUUAGGUGGUUCGUACGAUGGUGGUGUUUCAGGGCUAAAGCUAAAAAUACACGCGCUUCGUGCUGCUGUUAAUGCUAUUAGUACUCACGAAGAGAACAUGUCUUUUAAGGACACCUGCCAUGCCAUGUUGCGUCUGAUAUGCUUAUUUUGUAUUCCACUGAGGCUGGAAAGAACGAUUGGAUAUUUCAGUACACCAUGAAGUCCCUGGAGAGGAAGCAGGUGGAUGCACCUAUUUCAAUACCCUCUUGUUUGGAUGGAACGGUGACAAACCACAGACAAGUUUCUCAUAGUGCUCUCAAUGCCCUCGACACAAUAACUGAGAAAAGAUCUAUAGGAACUGCUGCUGCUUGUAAUGCUGAUGUGCCUAUUCCAGCACCUUGUUUGGAUGGCAGUGUCACAAAUCAGAGACAGGUAUCUCAUAUUGCUCUGGAUGCCCUUGAUAAAGUAAUUGAAAAAACAGCAAUGGAUACUUUUGCUGCCUCUACUGUUGCUGCUGCUGCUGCUGCCGAUGAAGAUGAUAAUUAUGAGGAGGAGGAGAAGGGGCAGGAGGAUAAAGAAGGUGGAAUCAGUUCAUAUAAUGGCGAUGUUUUUACUGCUGCUGCUGCUGAUACAUGUGUCAAUGAUGAUGCUACUGCGUAUGAUGAUGAGAAGGGGUAGGAGGAGAAGGAGAAGGAGAAGGAGAAGGAGAAGGAGAAGGGGCUGAAGGAGGAAGAGGAUACAAUAACUGAAAAAACAGCAAUUGAUACUUUUGCUGCCUCUACUGUUAGCACUGUUGCUGCUGCUGAUGAUGAUGAGGAGGAGGAGAAGGGGCAGGAGGAUAAAGAAGGUGGAAUCAGUUCAUAUAAUGGCGAUGUUUUUACUGCUGCUGCUGCUGAUACAUGUGUCAAUGAUGAUGCUACUGCGUAUGAUGAUGAGAAGGGGUAGGAGGAGAAGGAGAAGGAGAAGGAGAAGGAGAAGGAGAAGGGGCUGAAGGAGGAAGAGGAUACAAUAACUGAAAAAACAGCAAUUGAUACUUUUGCUGCCUCUACUGUUAGCACUGUUGCUGCUGCUGAUGAUGAUGAGGAGGAGGAGAAGGGGCAGGAGGAUAAAGAAGGUGGAAUCAGUUCAUAUAAUGGCGAUGUUUUUACUGCUGCUGCUGCUGAUACAUGUGUCAAUGAUGAUGCUACUGCGUAUGAUGAUGAGAAGGGGUAGGAGGAGAAGGAGAAGGAGAAGGAGAAGGAGAAGGAGAAGGGGCUGAAGGAGGAAGAGGAUACAAUAACUGAAAAAACAGCAAUUGAUACUUUUGCUGCCUCUACUGUUAGCACUGUUGCUGCUGCUGAUGAUGAUGAGGAGGAGGAGAAGGGGCAGGAGGAUAAAGAAGGUGGAAUCAGUUCAUAUAAUGGCGAUGUUUUUACUGCUGCUGCUGCUGAUACAUGUGUCAAUGAUGAUGCUACUGCAUAUGAUGAUGAGAAGGGGGAGGAGGAGAAGGAGAAGGAGAAGGGGCUGGAGGAGGAAGAGGAUGGAACAAAUUCAUGCAACAUUGGUCUUGCUGAUGUUGAGGAGGAGGAUGAGGAGGAGGAGAAGGGGCUGGAGCAGGAAGAGGGUAAAAUCAAUUCAUGCAACACAGUGACGGGUCCUGCUAAUGAUGACAUUGAGGAGGAUGACAAGGUUAAGAUUCGGGAAGAGGAGAAGAGACGGGAGGAGGAGGAGAAGGCAUACGAGCUUGUGACUGGUGUGCCUUUCCGAAGAUUAUCCCAGUGCCUUGAUGCCUAUGUUAUACUGCGAAGAAGAAAAGUUAUCAAAACCAGGUUCUUUCUCCCGAACAAGAAAUCUGAGUUCUUGGAGCAAGAAACUGCUGCAAUAAUGAAGCAUAGUGAUGAAAAUGAUGAGCACUUUAAAGAAAGAUUACUCGAAGCAAAUCUCAGAAGAGGAACGCUUUUCACUGUAGAAGAUCAUGGAGACAUCGGGAAGUACAGAGGCAGAGUGUGGCCCAUGCCACCAAGGCCAUACUCCAAAAAGAAGGGCACGAAACUUCGGUGGUAUUAUUUAGAGCCUGAGUAGGAUAGAUAAGUAUAAUCUUUGAAGGUGACAUGGCGAUGUUGCACAUGGGCUCGCCUGCUAAAGCUAUGGGUGCCAAUCGAACACUGGCGAGUGUACGCGGGCAUUGAAUGUGAUCGGAGGUCCAAGACAUGUGUACCUACCGUGGAACAGUCGUAUACGGUGAACUCGCCGGUUAAUAUGACGAUCCCGUCACGGCAGGAUGAUACCUGUUCCAGUUGUACAUAACGGGGUGCAUUUUGCAUGGCCCAUGCGUGAUGUAGGAGUAUAUGGAUACAAUGCCUAACCUGUUUGCUGUGGUAAGAUUGCAUGCGUAUUCUUUUU